AUGCAAGCCAAUGCCGGCAACCUGACUCAAUCACGUCUUAAGCUCGUCAAGAACGUCAACAACCAUGGCGUCUCUCUGGCGAUCCAGAAGAAAGGCGUCAGCGUCGGGGUGCUCGCCCAUUCACCCAAGCAUCCAACCCCCCAGCAGCAACAGACAAAGGCGAUCCUCAAGGCGACCAUAACGGGCAUAAAGCCUCUGCCGUCUCAGGACAGUAGUAAGCCGAAGGAACAGGUCAAGACAACCAAGCUGAUUCCAGCGGAACCGUUGAAGGUCAUUCAGCCAGCCACUCCGAGCAAGACGAAACAGGCGCAGAGCACGCUCUCGAAGACGCCACAGCAGAGUGCGGAAAAGAAGCAGAAGACGCCCGCCAGCAAAGAAAAGGUCGCCCAGGUUAAGGAGAAGGCUGUCGUCAAGAAGAAGGAGGAGCCGGCUACGGUGCAGCCGUCGCCAAAGCCUCAGGAGAACAUCAGGGAAAACGUACAGAAAACCAUAUUUGAACAAUUGACCAGCAGACUAAAGGCAAACGACGACCUGAAGUUGUCCGAGGAGGAGGUCAAGACCAUAUCUGCCAACAUUGAGACACAACUGUUCAGAUGUUUUGGCGAUACAGGUCAAAAGUAUCGGAACAAGUACAGGAGCCUGAUUUUCAACAUCAAAGACGCCAAGAACCAGACAUUGUGGCGCCGGAUAUGCGAGAAAGCAAUCAAUCCUUAUGAAUUGGUCAGGUUGUCACCUGAUGAUCUUGCAAGUCAAGAACUGGCGCUCUGGAGGGAACGCGAAGCCAAACAUUCGCUAGAUAUGAUAAAGAAGUCAGAAUUGGAGUUGCUCAACUGUAACAGGCAGUACGUCUUGAAAACCCACAAAGGUGAACAAGUCGUCGAGGACGAUAGAGUAGAUAAGAUCGACAAUACCGAGGUCAUAAAAUCACUGACUGAAGGCGCACCUCUGGAUUCUGGCGAGCUCAAGAAAGACCUCUCGAAAGAUAAUGAAAAGAAGAGUGGUACGAAGAACAAAGAAAGGGAUCGUGAUAGAAAGAGCGGCAAGGACAAAGAGCAUCGCCUUCACAGGUCUUCUAGUAAAGAUGAUAGGGAUCGCAGUAGAAAGAGAUCAAAGAGUCGGGACCACAAGCACAGCGAGCACAAGAAACAUUCGAAGUCGAAAGAUCACGACAGAGAUAGGCACCGGAAGUCUUCGCACAAGACGUCAAGACACAAGAAAGAUAUUGUCUCUUCGACGGACAAGCUCGACAAAAAGUCCAAGGAAAUUCUCGAACAGCUGGUUGACAGCAAAAUCGUCCCUCCACUUGAAGACAGGUUGUGGAAACACGUUCCGCAGGAUGAUAUUUUACCAGGUAAGGCAAUAGAGAGCGACAGCGAUCAUGAACCUUCAUCUACGGUGACAAUCCCGACACCUCCCCGAAUUCCAGAGAACGACGAGUAUACAGGAGGUCAAACACCGGAAGGUGAAAAGAACCAACCGAUAUCGCCUGACAAAGAAAAAGACUCUAGUGACUUCAGUGGUAGGAGCACUCCCCCUCCCCCUAAAUCGAAAUCUAGUGAGAUCUGGCGAGGAAUAAUCAACAUGAUCGACGUUGCGCAGAUUUCCAUAUCGGCACACGAAGUUUCUGGUGAUUGUUCCGGUUUAGGCAGGGAACUGUCCAGCAACCUCGACAUCGUUGGUCGCAUUUCACCGGACACAGUGUGGGACUACAUCGGUAAGAUGAAGUGCUCGAACAGCAAGGGCAUAUCGCUGAUCAGGCUGAAGGCAACCAACGUCGAAGAGAAGAUGCCCUACCUGGCGCUCUAUAGCUACCUCAGCAGUAGAGAUAGGUUGGGCGUCGUUAAAAGUUUGAACAAGGCCGUCAAGGAUUUUUAUAUAUAUCCGCUGGCUCCUCAGAAGCCCAUCCCACAGGUGUUGUUGCCGCUCAAUGGACCUGGUUUUGAAGAAUCCAGACCUUCCCUCCUGCUCGGCAUUAUCGUGCGAGACAAGAGAAAACGACCCUAUAUGGAUUCUCUGAUCAUGCCUUCGCCGAUUUCCCAAUCAAAAAAAUUAAGAGUGGAAACGCCUCCACCUUCCUUACCGGCAGUUGCUGUUCCAAGCGUUCCUGAACCGCCACCGCGGUCGUAUACCCCGCCCCCCGCCAAAGACCCUCGUCGGAAACUGCCUCUCAUGUUGCCAACGGUCGAGACCACACCGACAGCUGACGAAGAUGAGCCUUACAGUCCGGAAGACUCUGAUCUGGAUGCCCCAACACCUCGCCCGCAGCCAAUUCUGAAUAUCCCAGACUCUUCCAUAACAGAGCCUACCAUACCUCCACCUACAUACCCGUCUCUGCCAAGUAUAUCUGGAAAUCUUCCUUCGACAACGUUCGAAAUCCAGAGGCAGAUGGAGGAGCUAAACAAAAAGAUUGAGAUGCAGAAGUCUGAGAUUACGAGCAUGACACAGAAUAUUGUUUCCGCUUCUUCAGAGAUCGGAACUUCUGCCUUGGCAAGCAUAGCGUUGCCUAGCAACCUGCAGCAAAUACUGGACAGCAUCAAGACGAUUGGAGAUACGACAGACGCCCCUCCACAACUACCCAAAGAGUCUGCGCAGACGGACCUCACCAUCCCGCUGAUGAUACCGAAGAGCUUCUCAAGGCCUCUGGGAGGGAGCGGGCCGAACCAGCCGCCCCCGUCGCAGUACCACCACACGAAACCGCCGCCGGACCUUCCCAGUGACACAAUUCCGCUCAACUUGCCGGUCAAACCGAAAAUCAAACCAGCUUCAAUCAAUUCGCCCCUCACUGAAGAAAAAAGUAGCGUACUCAGUUCCUUAACGGAGGAGGAGUUGAUUAAGAAGGCGGCUGAGAUGCUCGGUGAGGAUGAGGAUUCGAUGAGCAGGAAGAAGCGAGGUGAUAGGUUGUUGGGGACGGGAGGACCGCCGCCGCAGAAGAGGUCCAAGAUGGAGGAAGUCAUUUUACCUCCCGUGCCCGGCAUGGAGGACGGUCAGCUGUAAUGGAAGCGGUAAUCGAGGGGGAUAAUCGAGAGAGAAGCGGGAGAGUUGACAUGAUCUCCUGAAUAAAUUAUAAAAAUAUUUGAUUGCGAUCAACAAGACACUCGAGAAGUAUGUGCAAUUCGGUGCAUUUUUAUAAAAACUGUAACGAAGAUUCCAUGGGAGUUUUGCUGCCUAAUGUUUAUUGAUAAUGUUGGAGACAUUUGUAAAGUAUAACAUUUUUGUACAGUUUUAAAUUUAAUAGAGAGCCUAGAGUAGUAACUAAAAGUAAAUGUAGAGAUAGGAUGGUACCUGUAAAUAUUUUAUAGAAUUAUAUUUUGUGGAGUUAUUGAUUGUAUCAGUUACAUAUAUUUAUCUUUGAAAGACAAUUCGAUAUGUUUCAUUUUUAUUUUCUUGUUGUAUAUCUUUUUAUCGAUUGAAUUAAAAACUAUUUACAUCAUGUGC